GGAUAAAAGCUUAUUUGAAAUAUUAUUGCGAUCCCGAUCAAGUCGAUGCUUAUGAGAAAUAGUGACAACGACAAAACAAAAACGACGUGAUUUUGGGAGCACACACUAUUGAAGACAACUGCCGAAAUGGUGUUUUAUUUUACAUGCGACGUUGUUUCCCCAGCAUAUAUGAUGUACAUGGGCUUAGAUAAAAAUGAAAAUGAAGAACUUAUAAAAUGGGGAUUUCCUGAAGAUGUGUGGUUCCAUGUGGAUAAGGUGUCAUCAGCCCACGUGUAUCUGCGACUACACCCAGGAGAAACACUGGAUGACGUUCCACAGAUUGUCAUUGAUGAGUGUGCACAGCUUGUGAAGGCCAACAGUAUCAGCGGUAACAAGAUGAACAAUGUGGAUGUAGUGUACACAAUGUGGGACAACCUCAAGAAAACUGGAGGGAUGGAUGUUGGGCAAGUUGGCUUUAAUAAGAGUAGAGAGGUCAGGAAGGUUAAAGUGGAGAAGCGCAUCAAUGAAAUUGUGAACAGACUUAAUAAGACCAAGGAGGAGAAGUUCCCAGACUUGCGGGCGUUACGUGAGGACAGGGACCGCCAGGAGAGGGAGGACCAGAAACAUCAGCUGCAGGAACAGAAGAAGAAGGAGAAGGAGGAAAUGGACCGCAAGGAGCAGGAGAAAUCACUCAGGUCAUACAGCUCUCUUAUGAAAGAAGAAAAUAUGACAAGCAAUAAGGAUGCAGGUAAUGACUCUGAUGACUUCAUGUGACCCAGUGACGAGAAGCAGUGUGCAGCAGGUCAUUACAUCUUCCAUAACCUGGCUGUUUGAAGAGAUAUCAUCGGGGAUAGUUGCACAUAGCUUGUCCCUUUUCAAAAAAACUUUUUGUAGUGGUUUUUGAAUAUGAAAUGAAAUAUAUUUACUGGAAAAUAUCAACCAAUGGUGUUUCAUCUAAAAGGCUUUCAUUAAUAUGCUAAUAUUGAAAUAUAGGAUUGUCACAGAGAUUGAAAAUAAUGCUAUCAUGACCUUUUUCUACCUUUUUGAAGUAAUUGUUUUAAUUUCAUAUGUUCAGGACUUUAUAUUCUUUGUAUAAUAGUAAAAGCAUUAUUUUCUUCAAAUUAAUUUUUUUCAGUCCAAAAAGUUGCCAAAAAAUGUAUACUCUUAAUUUAUACAGAACAGAAAAACGAUCAGUUCAUGGCACAAUGCAAGCAGAUUUUAAAAACAAAUAUUAAAUUUAAUUACUUGUGCUUCAAAAUAAUUUUUUGUUUUGCAUGUAAACAAAAGCUGAUAUGCUAUGGUAGGUCAAACAAGUUUCCUCUGUUUACAUGACUCAGCCUUGAGCAGAAAGUCGUUGGUAUGAGCUAGCAGACUGUAACCUCAGCACUAGGGAUAAUUGUGGUGUGAAAGAAACUUCGUUUUGCAUAAGAAGUAUCAGUUUGUGAAGUACUAGUUCAUUUUGAUGCAUGAAAUGUGGUAUCCAAUUGCUGUAACUGAAGUUCUUUAUACUUGCUGUUUUGAAGUUGCAAUACAGAACUCUUGCUGCCUGCAGGCAUAUAUAAUAGAAGACAACAGUCUGGAGUUUUUAUAUCAUCUCAUUUUUGUCUGCAGUUUUACAUGUUAACAUGUAUUUAUGUAUAAAAUUGUGAUAAAUAUGGGAAUAAGGAAUAUGAACUUUUUCUCCCUAAAAAUGAUCUUGUCUUGUAUAUAAUAUAUAUUGUGUAACUAUUG